CGUGAACGAGAAGCGAGAAGCAUGCUCAUCCAUGUGUGCAUGGCCUAAAGGAGGAGAGGAAGAGCGCAGUAGGAGCAGGGGAGGAAUGAUGGUGCCAUCACCCCCAGCCCAAGCCCUCCCUUCAAUCCAACUCCACCUCCACAAAAAUCCUAUCCAUUCUCCACCAAACAUCCGAAGCGAUUUCAUCAUCUUUUCCUGUUAAAAAUUGGGUCUUUUUCGGCUAAAGAUCCCAUAUUUGAGUUGAAAAUCCCCCCCUGUUGCUGUCCAUUUGUCGACUCUCCAGUUAUUUUUCGUUGCGAUUGCAUAGUGGAUUUGGACCACGCGCACCACGACAACCAAUCCCCCUGAUCCAAUCCUGCGCCAACAAUCCCAUUCUCCAGUCGAAAGCAACCAUCAAGAAAUCCUAAAUAGGGACGCACCAAGAACUCCACUACGAGGAUCCCCCAAUCAUUUCUUGGUGCAUUUGGCCCUCUCCGCCAUCCGAGAAAUCCUAAGAAACAUCUCCCAAUCGUCCCCAAAUCGGUCCUACACCGCACCAGAUCACAGUUCAUAAUCCCAGAGAAUUAGAAUUAGAGCGAGCGCGAAAAGAAGGAAGCAAUGACGGAGGUGGCCCUCCUCCGGGGCCCGACCAACCUCGCUUCCCCCGCAAGCGGCGCCUCCUCCCUGCGCUAUUUAGCCAAUGCCGACAGUGACGUGCUCCCAGGAAGCGGCAGCCCGGAGCAGCCUGCGGGAUCUACAGGGAGCCUUGGAUUCCAAGAACGGCUCGUGCAAGAGGCAGGAAGGUCAGAGGAGGAGGAGGUAGAGGAGCGGUGGUCGUUCUUGGCGCUGCUGUUUGAGCUGCUGCGGAAGUCGCUGCUCGGGUGUAGGCCUCAGGGCGGCGACGGCGGUGGUGAAGGCGACGGCUGUGGGAUGGAGAUAGGGUGGCCGACGGACGUGCAGCACGUGGCGCACGUGACGUUCGAUAGGUUCCAUGGAUUCCUGGGGCUCCCCGUCGAGCUCGAGCCCGAGGUGCCCCGCCGCGCUCCCAGCGCGAGUACAAAUGUCUUUGGAGUUUCAACAGAAUCAAUGCAGUGUUCAUAUGAUUCCAGAGGAAAUAGUGUUCCGACGAUUCUCUUGAUGAUGCAGAGGCGUCUUUAUGAACAGGGCGGUCUUCAGGCAGAAGGUAUUUUUCGUAUAAAUGCAGAAAACAGCCAGGAGGAGUUUGUGAGAGACCAGUUAAAUAGUGGAAUAGUACCGGAUGGAAUUGAUGUGCACUGUUUGGCAGGUCUAAUCAAAGCCUGGUUUAGGGAACUGCCAAGCGGGGUGCUGGACUCUAUCCCACCAGAACAGGUGAUGCAAUGCCAAUCUGAAGAGGAUUGUGCUCGGGUUGCCAAAUGCCUUCCACCAGCCGAAGCAGCGUUACUUGACUGGGCUGUUAAUCUGAUGGCUGAUGUUGUGCAAGACGAACAGAUAAAUAAGAUGAAUACUCGCAAUGUCGCUAUGGUUUUUGCACCAAAUAUGACUCAGAUGGCAGAUCCUUUGACUGCACUGAUGUAUGCAGUGCAAGUGAUGAAUUUUCUCAAGAUGCUAAUACAAAAGACCCUCAAGGAUAGAGAAGAAUCCAGUCUGGAGGAUGCUGCGCUUCCCCAGAAGGAUCCAUCUGAUGAAAAUGGGCAUAAAAAACCCAGCGUGACACUAGAUUCUAACCUGAGGAAUGAGGAAGGAUCCAGACGUCCCUCUUUUGUAAAUGAGGAGCCCCUUCUCAACAGUCCUGCACACAGCGUUGAAGAAAAGCCUAACGAAACUAACACCACUGAAGGAGUCACUGUUGCUUUCACUGCCCAAACAAGUGAAGUCCAGACGACUUUGGAGGGCUCCACUAGUUGCUCACAACCUGCUCUUGCUGUUCUGGCUGCAACUGUUGAUGCUUCCUGUGCAACAGCUGUGAAUUCUCUUCAAGGCAAGGGGAGCCGAAGCCUGAAUCGUAGGACUAGAAAAGGCAAGGGUCAGUCUGGAACACGUGCCACUCCUGCUGCUGAAAAAUCCAGAGGUGUUAGCAUUGUGAGCCAGAUUAACUCCAAGAUUGAAAGGAUCGAAGCAUGGAGAUGAAAUCAAAUGCCGUUUCCAUUGUUGUUGUGCAAUAGGUGACUGACCCAAUGUUUCCUGAAAAUAGGGCCUCAAACGGCAUGGCUGCACAUUUUUUGUGUCCUUAUCAUUUCUUGCUGGAUUAUGAUCAUGUUACUUUAAGAUUUAAACUUUCACCCUCACUAACUUUUGUAUCUUUCUUGUUAUUACUUGUUUGAGUGAAUGAAAGAUGUUUAUGAUUUUCUUUGUACACAGAUCUCUUCGAUGCCUAAUUUAUGAAGUGUCUGAAAGUUCAGGAAUGA